GUGACUGCAGUUCCGGGGCAGGGCCGGGCCAAUUUCCAGUGUCUGAGCCGCGGCAGCAGCCAUGGCGAUUUUCAGUGUCUACGUGGUGAACAAAGCUGGCGGACUGAUUUACCAAUUGGACAGCUACGCGCCACGGGCCGAGGCUGAAAAAACUUUCAGUUACCCUCUUGAUCUGCUCCUCAAGCUACAUGAUGAGCGUGUACUGGUUGCUUUCGGCCAGCGCGACGGAAUCCGGGUGGGCCACGCAGUGCUGGCCAUCAAUGGCAUGGACGUGAAUGGCAAGUACACAGCCGAUGGGAAAGAGGUGCUGGAGUACCUAAGCAACCCUGCUAACUACCCGGUGUCUAUUCGAUUCGGCCGGCCCCGUCUCACCUCCAAUGAGAAACUCAUGUUGGCCUCAAUGUUCCACUCGUUGUUCGCAAUCGGCUCCCAGCUGUCUCCUGAACAGGGCAGCUCAGGCAUCGAGAUGUUGGAGACAGACACAUUCAAACUACACUGCUUCCAGACACUAACAGGGAUCAAGUUUGUGGUGCUGGCAGACCCUAGGCAAGCUGGAAUAGAUUCUCUUCUCCGGAAGAUUUAUGAGAUUUACUCAGACUUUGCCCUCAAAAAUCCAUUCUACUCCCUGGAAAUGCCUAUCAGGUGUGAGCUGUUUGACCAGAACCUGAAGUUAGCCCUAGAGGUGGCAGAGAAAGCUGGAACUUUUGGACCUGGGUCAUAGGCUGAACCUGCAGAGGACUCCACCACCACCGCCAUCAAAUUCUGAGAGAUUCUGCCGCAAGGGUUCUGCUGUUUCUACUCCAGUGGAGAGCCCAGCAGCCUUGUUGGCGCCUUUAAAAAUGGGAGGGUGCUGAGCCUGAUGACAUACUGAUCCCCGAGCCUUAAUACCAUGCUGUUUUCCCUACUGUAUCUAUCGUGAUUCUACUUCCCAACUCUGUACAGAUUUAUUUAUGGAGGAGGUAGGCCCAUAAAUGCUGUAAUAAACAUUCCUUUGAUCUGUG